CGCACUGGGUGUAGUCUGCUGGGUCGUGUUCAUGGCGGUGGACACAAAGAGCUGAGCUCACUUCGACCCACUCAGGAGCUCCACCGAACCUCUCCGCAUGAACCACAGGCCGUCGGUGCUCGUUCCGUCUCACGACAGUCAUUUCGCGGCAAGUUUGGGCAACUUUUGACUACUUUGGAACUUUGCGCAAACGAGAGGACGACGCGGAGGACCGCCAACAUGCGAAGUCUGCUCCGGGUUCUGUUCCCGGUUCUAGCCGCUUUUCUCAGCGCCGCGGUAGCGCUUGUCGGCGCGGCCAUGGACGAGUGCGCGGACGAGCACGGGAGAGCGCAGCGCUGCAUGCCCGAGUUCGUCAACGCCGCUUUCAACGUCACGGUGGUGGCCACCAACACAUGCGGGAUACCCCCGGAGGAGUACUGCGUUCAGACCGGCGCCACUGGCGUCACCAAGUCGUGCCACAUCUGUGACGCGCGCGACCCAAGGAACCAACACGGUGCCGUCUACCUGACCGACUACAACAACCAGCAGGACACCACCUGGUGGCAGAGUCAGACCAUGCUGGCCGGAGUCCAGUACCCCAACGCCAUCAACCUCACCCUGCACCUCGGUAAGGCGUUCGACAUCACAUACGUGCGGCUGAAGUUCCACACGAGCCGCCCGGAAAGCUUUGCCAUCUACAAGCGCGGCAGCGAGGCCGGACCAUGGGUGCCGUACCAGUACUACAGUGGCUCGUGUGAAAAGACGUACCAGAAGACCAACCGCGGCUUCAUCCGCACGGGCGAAGACGAGCAGCAGGCGCUUUGCACUGACGACUUCAGUGACAUUUCGCCACUCACUGGCGGGAACGUGGCCUUCUCCACACUGGAGGGACGGCCCAGCGCCUACAACUUUGACCACAGCCCCGUCCUGCAGGACUGGGUGACAGCCACUGACAUCAGGGUGACCUUGAACAGGCUCAACACUUUUGGCGACGAGGUGUUCAACGACCCCAAGGUCCUCAAGUCCUACUACUACGCCAUCUCUGACUUCGCCGUGGGCGGAAGGUGCAAGUGUAACGGGCACGCCAGCGAGUGUGUGAAGAACAGUCGAGGAUAUCUGGUGUGUAACUGCAAACACAACACAGAUGGCGACGACUGUAACGUCUGCAAGAGUUUCUACAAUGACCGACCUUGGAGGAGGGCCACCGCCGACAACGCUAACGAGUGUCUGCCGUGUGAGUGUAAUGGGAAGAGUUCAGAAUGCUACUUUGACCCUGAGCUGUACCGGGCCACCGGUCACGGAGGUCACUGCACAAACUGCGCCGACAACACGGAUGGGCCCAACUGCGAGCGCUGCCUUGACCAUCACUACAGGGAUGGGUUAGGGUUAGGCAGAUGCAUGCCAUGCGGGUGCAACUCUGUAGGUUCUGAGUCUCCUCAGUGUGACAACAGAGGAGGGUGUGCUUGCAAAGCGGGCGUGAUGGGAGAGAAGUGUGACCGCUGUCAGCCGGGAUUCCACAGCCUGACUGAGGCUGGAUGCAGGCCGUGCUCGUGCUCGCCAUCGGGCAGCACACAGGAAUGUGAUGUCAACACGGGACAAUGUCGCUGCAAAGACAACGUGGAAGGCUUCUCCUGUGACAGGUGUAAGUUGGGGUACUUUAACUUGGACCCCAGCAACCCUCAAGGCUGCACUCCCUGUUUCUGCUUCCAGCACUCAUCUGUAUGUGACAGCGCCGACGGCUUCAGCGUACACACUGUUAGCUCCUCCUUCUCUCAAGAUGAGGAUCAGUGGACGGGUGAGCAGCGGGAUGCUUCAGGUGUGUCGGUGCAGUGGUCUCCUAGCGGACAGGAGAUCUCUCUCAUCUCAGAAGAUUACUUCCCAAUGUACUUUGUGGCACCAGACAAGUUUUUGGGCAACCAGUUGCUGAGUUACGGGCAGAAUCUGAGCCUGAGUUUCCGAGUCGACCGGCGGGACACACGCUUGUCGGCCGAAGAUCUGGUUCUGGAGGGUGCCAACCUGCGUGUGGCCGUCCCCCUUAUCGCCCAGGGCAAUGCCUACCCCAGCGAGAACAUGCAGACAUACGUUUUCAGACUCCACGACAGCACCGACUACCCCUGGAGGCCGACAAUUAGCCACUCGGACUUUCAGAAACUUCUGCACAACCUGACCGCCAUCAAGAUCCGCGGCACCUACAGCGAGAGGAGUGCUGGUUACCUCGAUGACGUCUCCUUGGUGACGGCGAGGCGCGGUCCAGGCGUUCCGGCCCACUGGGUGGAGCACUGCACAUGUCCUCAAGGUUACCAGGGUCAGCACUGUGAGCAGUGCACUCUGGGAUACCGCCGAGCCCGCCCCGACCUCGGACCUUUCAGUCCCUGCGAACUCUGCAACUGUAACAGCCACAGUGACGCCUGCCAUCCGGACACAGGUGCAUGUGAGUGUCAACACAAUACGGCCGGGCUGAGCUGCGAGCGCUGCAGGGAUGGUUUCUAUGGCGACGCCACCAAAGGGACGUCCACUGACUGUCAGGCAUGUCCGUGUCCAGCCGGAGCCACAUGCGCUGUGGUCCCCAAAACAGGAGAAGUGGUCUGCACCAACUGUCCUGCUGGCACCACAGGCAAGCGCUGCGAGGUGUGCGAUGACGGCUUUUUCGGGGACCCGCUGGGCAAGGCCGGUCCGGUGCUGGCCUGCCGGGCAUGUAAGUGCAGCGACAACAUCGACCCCAAUGCGGUGGGCAACUGCGACCGGGAGACGGGUGAGUGCCUGAAGUGCAUCUACAACACCGCCGGUUUCUUUUGCGACCGCUGCAAGGAUGGAUUCUUUGGCAAUGCUCUGGCCUCCAACACAGCUGACAAGUGCAAACCCUGCUCCUGUUCUCCGCUUGGCACCGUGGACCGGCAGACGAGAUGCUCCCAGGUGACGGGUCAGUGUUUGUGUCUUCCCAACGUGAUUGAGCGUGACUGCAGCGCCUGCCAGCCGGGAUUCUUCAACUUGCAGAGCGGCAACGGCUGCGAACGGUGCAACUGCGACCCCAUUGGAUCCACCAACGGCCAGUGUGACAUCACGUCAGGGCAGUGCGAGUGCCAGCCCGGCAUCACCGGGCCGCGCUGCGAACGCUGCGAGGUCAACUUCUUUGGCUUCAGCUCGUCCGGGUGCAAACCUUGUGACUGUGACCCCGAGGGCGCCCAGUCGGGUCAAUGCAAAGAGGAUGGCCGCUGUGAGUGCCGGCCUGGCUUUGUGGGCGCUCGCUGCGACAUGUGCGAGGAGAACUACUUCUACAACCGCUCAGCGCCGGGAUGCCAGCAGUGUCCUUCCUGCUACAGCCUGGUCAGGGACAAGGUCAACCAGCAACGUCAGAAGAUCCACGAGCUGCAGACGCUCAUCGAUAACCUCGGAUCGGGACAAGAGACUGUGAGCGACAAGGCCUUUGAGGACCGGUUGAAGGAGGCUGAGCGUGCCAUUGUAGACCUCCUGGAGGAGGCCCAGUCCAGCAAGGAUGUGGACAAAGGCCUCUUGGAGCGUCUGAACAACAUCAAUAACACCCUGACCACGCAGUGGAACCGUCUGCAGAACAUCCGCAACACGGUGGAUGACACAGGCGGGCAAGCGGACCGUGCUCGCAACAGAGUCCGCCAGGCAGAUAACCUGAUUGACAGAGCCCGCCAGGAGUUAGACAAGGCCAAAGACGCCAUCGGCAAAGUGGAUAUCAAAGCACCAAGUGGUGGCGGGGAUCCCAACAACAUGACGCUGCUUGCCGAGGAGGCUCGCAAGCUGGCAGACAAGCACAAGAUGGAUGCUGACCAGAUUGAGAAGAUCGCCAAAGAUGCCAAUGACACGUCCACCAAAGCUUACAAUCUGCUGCUCAAGACUCUGGACGGCGAGGGAAAGACGAGUCAGGAGAUAGACGAGCUCAACAGGAAGUACAACGAUGCGGUAGAGCUGGCCAAGAACUUGGAGAAACAAGCCAACAAGCUUCAGGCGGAGGCCGAGGACGCAGGAAACCAAGCUCUGAAGAUCUUCGCCAAUCUCACCAGUUUGCCGCCCUUUGACACCCAAGCCCUGGAGGAGGAUGCUAGCAAGAUCAAGAAGGAGGCGUCGGACCUGGACAAGUUGAUUGAUAAAACUGAGAAGGAGUACAAUGACCUCCGAGACGACUUGAGGUCCAAAGAACUAGAAGUCCGCAAACUUCUGGAGAAAGGAAAUAGCGAGCAGCAGACUGCAGAUCAGCUUCUGGCCCGAGCUGACGCCGCAAAGGCUCUCGCCGAGGAGGCAGCCAAGAAAGGCCAGUCCACCUUCCGAGAGGCCGAGAACAUCCUGGAUGACCUCAGAGAUUUCGACCGUCGUGUCAAUGACAACAAAACCGCUGCAGAGGAUGCGCUAAAGAGGAUCCCGUCCAUCAAUGCCACCAUUGUGGCCGCCAACGAGAAGACUCAGCAGGCGGAGGCGGCACUAGGCAACGCGGCCGCAGAUGCCCGUGAUGCAAAGAGCAAGGCCGAGGAGGCCGAGCGAAUUGCCGGCAACGUGCAGAAGGGAUCGGCCAAGACCAAGGAAGAUGCAGAGAAGGCCCUGGAGGACGCCAACAAGCUGGAGAGCCAGGUGGACACCAUGAUGGAUCAGCUGAGUGCAGCUGAGCAGGAGCUGAGCAGGAAGAAGGCGGAGGCAGAUCAGGAUAUGAUGAUGGCCGCCAUGGCGUCAGACAAUGCCAAGGAAGCUGAAGACAAUGCCCGCAAGGCCAAGAGCGCCGUCAAGACAGUCCUGGGCACCAUUGCCGCCUUACUGGAUCAACUCGGAAACAUCGACAAAGUGGACCUGAGCAAACUCAACCAUAUCGAUGAGUCGCUGAAGCGUGCCAAAGGCAAGAUGGCCGACAGCGAGCUGGACCGGAAGCUGAUGGAGCUGAACGAUGUGGCGCGCACACAGGACAUCUUGAUCAGCGACUACGACCGGCAGAUCCGCGAGAUCCGUGCCGACAUUGCCAACCUCAACGACAUCAAGAACACGUUACCUGACGGCUGCUUCAACACGCCGUCUCUUGAGAGGCCUUAACCCAGCCCUCGUCUUUCAGACACACCCACUUGUACCAAAAGCAGUUUUUAAACUUCGUCUUUUAUUUUAUUUUUGUUUUUGGUUUGUUGUUUUUUGUCUUGCGGGCGUGCGUUCGCUAGAAUGAACUCAGCGGCAGAGAGAAGCCGUGCACAGAACCAGAACCACAAACCCGACGUGACUGCACACAUUGGCUGCACACAGGAAGUCCCUCCCACUGCCAAUUUCCUGCGUGUAAGCUGCCAUUACCCAUCAUGCCCCGGGAAACGUCUGCUCAUGAGUGUCAGCAAGCAGCACGCCACUGGUAGUGGCGCCUGUUUAUUCACGUAGUCGGCGAGUGUGCGCAAAAGCCAACGCAGCUGGCACAGGAAGUGACGUCUGAGGAAGCUCCACCACUGCGUGUGCAGCCUCGUAAGAUUUGUUGUUCUUGCAUAUGCAAAUUCACUCAGUCAACACGCCACAUCCUGCGGGAACAAACUGGCAGCCAUCUUGAGGCGGCCUUCAUUUAGCUGAUGCUAAGCUAAACACGUUUGGUCGCUCACUUGAUUAGCAUGAUUGACAGCAAUCAGGCCACGGAUGUCCCCCGUUCGUUCGUCCUGCCUCUACUGACCGACGUUCCCUCAACAUGUUCUAGCGUGAACCCCACCAUCGAGUCCACAUCCCGUCAAAUCGGACACUAUGCAACUUUUGUACAUUUUGCUAUCUGAUACACUGGUGCUAAUGAUGAUAUUUGUGUGAAUGUUUUUUAUAAUUAUUUGUGUAAAUAUGUGCCUCGGUGAUUCUGGAGCAGCUGCCUCUCAAGCAGAACCUGCAGGUGCACGCUCACUGUGGCAAAAUGUCAUAGUUUUGUUGAUUCUCAUUAAGCUUACUAUUGAGUAUUGUUGUUGUAUCGUUUGAUGGCAUGUCUGAAGUCACAUGACUGAAGUUAACAAGUAGUUAACCUUUUAUUUUAUUUUUUUAAUGAGUGUUUGUGCCUUAAUAUUAACUUGUAAUCACACUCUGUGUCCUUGUGGUCCUUCACACCGUCUCCGUACUGAAGCAGGUUAUCAUGUUGGACCACUAACACUUUUCCCUCCAUCCACACACACGUAUAUGUAUACACAGUGUAUAAUAAACAGUAUUUCUAAGUUAUGUACCGGUCGUUGGUGCUGCUCAUCUACUUCCUGUUUCCUGUUAACGACCUGACCCAGUGUGACCUCGCCAACAUAACAUUGAAUAAUAAAAGUUUGUUACAGGA